AUGAAGGUCUUCGCUCUCCUGCUCGUCGCUUCUAUAUUCGCCCAUGCCUGCGCCAAGUCUUAUCAUCUCUCAGAGAGCUACGUCGGCAGCGGCUUCUACAGUGGCUUCGACUUUCAGGCCAUCACAGACCCUACGCACGGACGCGUGAACUACGUUGAUAUGUACACCGCACAGGGCAGGAAUCUCACCUAUACCACAGGCGAUACGUUCAUCCUACGUGGGGACAGCUGGUCCUACCUCAGACCAAAUGGCCCCGGUCGCGAUUCUGUACGCAUACAGUCGAAGAAGACAUACACGAACCAUAUUUCUGUCUUCAACGUGCGGCACAUGCCUCAAGGUUGUGGGACUUGGCCUGCGAUGUGGUACGCGGACGUGAAUAAUUGGCCCGGCGCUGGCGAGAUCGACGUCGUUGAGGGCGUCAAUGACAUAUCUCCCAACGCGGCAACGCUUCAUAGCACUGCGGGCUGCACGAUGCCUGGCGGGCGCGACAUGCAAGGGUCUCCCACCCAAUCUGACUGUAAUGUCAACGUGAAUGGCAAUGCAGGCUGCGGCGUCCGCAUGUCGACUCCUCUGUCGUACGGCCCCAGCUUCAAUGCGAAUGGCGGAGGCUGGUUUGUGACGGAGCGCAAGAGCACUGCGAUCUCCGUCUGGUUUUGGGCGCGCAACGAUCCCAGCGUACCUGCGGCGGUUAGGGAUAGGCGCAGUGAUAUUGUUUCCGGAGAUCUAGGAACUCCGCAAGCGUACUUUCCAAACACAAAUUGCAACUUUGGGAGCCACUUCGGUGCCCUGAGAAUCAUCAUCAACCUUACGUUUUGCGGCGAUUGGGCAGGCAAUGUGUACAACAACGACGGCUGUCCUGGGAGCUGCAUAGAUCGGGUUAACAACAAUCCAAGCGCGUUUGGCGAGGCGUACUUCAACAUAGCAAAUAUCGACAUAUACGUAUGA